AUGCCUGGAGGUACCACUGUUCGCGAUGUCGAUGCUCACAAGUUUGUCGCGGCCUACGCGGCUUUCUUGAAGCGUCAGGGCAAGCUCCCCGUGCCCGGUUGGGUCGAUACCGUCAAGACCGGCCCGGCCAAGGAGAUGCCCCCCCAGGAUAUUGACUGGUACUACGUCCGCGCCGCUUCCGUCGCUCGCCAUGUCUACCUGAGGAAGACCGUCGGUGUCGGCCGUCUUCGCAGGGUCCACGGUACCGCUAAGAACCGCGGCUCUCGUCCCUCCAAGCACGUCGAUGCCAGCGGCAGCGUCGACCGCAAGAUCAUGCAGUCAUUGGAGAAGAUCCAGGUCCUCGAGCAAGAUGAGGAGAAGGGCGGCCGCCGCAUCACCCAGCAGGGGCAGCGUGAUCUUGAUCGGAUUGCGCAGACUGUCGCCGAGGCUGAUGAGGAGGAGGAAGAGGAGGAGGAGUAA